AUGCAUCCACUCCUUGUGACUUAUGAUUUCCAAUGAAACUGUUUUGUUCUCCGCUAUUACUAUUCCUUUGUCUCACACCUCUGUUUACUAACUAUAUUAUGCAUUUCUACUUUCUUCUCUUCCUUUGUGUGCUACAUGGAGUGUGGCGACUUGAACUGCCGCACAUAUGUGCAAAGUUCUAUGUCGAAAACAGAUAGACAGACAUCAUGCCAUCCGAUUCACGUCGGAAUCAGAGGUGAACUCGGAGUUCCAUUUUUGGAUGUUUUUCUAAAAAGGAGAUCUGAUUGUUCUCUUCAAAGAUCGAUCUAUAGGAAACCAACAUGGAAUGGUCAGUACACGAAUUUUUAUAGUUGGGUCCCUUUGAGAAGAAAGAGAAACCUGAUCCACUCCUUAUCCUCAAGAAUAAGAAGGAUAUGUUCUAGUGAUACAGUCGACGGGAAACUGGAGCGACUCAGACAAGUCCUGAUAGAGAAUGGAUACCCUCCAAGAUUUAUCGAGAAAAACAUGAAGUUAAAGCAAAAGCCUGAAAGAACCCAGACGGUGCCGAAGAAACUGCUAUUUAUGAGCGUUGAAUAUAAAGGUGAUACCGCAGCUGAGAUCCCGAACAAUCGCUUAUGCAGAUCACUGAGGAAAGCCUUCUUUACGGCUGAGCUACGGAUCAAUUUCUACAACCGACAAAUGAUUAAUGGAUGUGUGAAGGAUAAACUGCCACUUUGGGCCACUCUAAUGUGUGUUUAUAAAUUCACAUGCUCGUGUGGAGCUAGUUAUAUUAGCCGCACAAAGCGCGCACUUUCCAAACGCAUCUCUGAACAUUAUCCGGUAUGGUUAGCAAAAGGACGAUUUAAGACAAUUACUAGCAUUUGGUGAACUCAAGCCACGUAGCUUCACCAGAGUCGUGGAGGUGAUGACUAGGCAUACGUAACCCAUGUCCUAACCAUCUCAAUCGACAUAACUUCACAACUUGGUCGAUUGAUUUCUCUUCCUUACCUAACACUCGACACCUAACCUCCAUAUGGCUCACCUUAUUACACCACCUAACAUGGGAAAUAGAACACAAGCACCUAUGAUCAAAGACACUUAGUCCUUUUACGUCUUCAACUUACAAUGGCCAGUAUGUCUCACAACCAUAAAGGAGGACGGAGUAGAUGGCUGAGAAGUACACACGUCCUUUGAUUAAUAGUUGCAUAUCACGUCU